CGACUCGUAGAGGGGAUGUUCUGUUUUUGCCAGAGGAACAGUGCAAGAGGGGAACCUCAGCUCGGAGAAGGUACGAGAAUAAAUAAAUAAGGAGCAGCCCUUAAAAUAAAGGUAGCGGCAUAUCCCGGCAGCGAGAAGACUACUGAGCUAUAAAUUGAAGGGAAGAUAAUUUCUGCUUGUGGGGGAAAAGAAAGGUGAAUAACCUCCAUGGAAGACUCUCAGGAUCUAAGUGAACAGUCAGUAAAGAAACCGUGUACAGAAUCAGAUGCUUCAGAGCCGCAGAAUCCCAGGUCUAUGGAAAUGCAAGAUCUAGCCAGUCCUCAUAAUCUUGUUGGAAGUAGUGAUGCACCAGGUGGUUCCAAACUGGAUAAACCUAAUCUCAGUAGCACUUCAGUUACAACAAAUGGAACAGGAGUGUCUCUUCUUGCAGUCAAAACAGAACCCAUGAACAGCAGUGAAACAACAACAACAACUGGAGAUGGAUCGCUUGACACUUUUACUGGGUCAGUAAUAACGAGUAGUGGCUACAGCCCAAGAUCAGCGCACCAAUACUCUCCACAGAUAUAUCCCUCCAAGCCCUAUCCACACAUUCUUUCUACACCAGCAGCUCAAACAAUGUCUGCCUAUGCUGGACAAACCCAGUAUUCAGGAAUGCAGCAGCCAGCGGUCUAUACAGCGUACUCUCAGACAGGACAGCCGUACAGCUUACCCACUUACGAUUUGGGUGUAAUGUUGCCAGGCAUCAAGACGGAAAGUGGGCUCUCGCAGACCCAAUCACCACUGCAGAGCGGGUGCCUCAGUUACAGCCCAGGGUUUUCCACCCCACAGCCAGGCCAAACACCCUACUCUUACCAGAUGCCAGGUUCUAGUUUUACACCAUCAUCCACUAUUUAUGCAAACAAUUCUGUUUCAAAUUCUACCAACUUCAGUAGUUCACAACAGGAUUAUCCAUCAUACACAGCUUUUGGCCAAAAUCAAUAUGCACAGUAUUACUCAGCAUCAACAUAUGGUGCAUAUAUGACCUCAAACAACACGGCUGAUGGCACUUCCUCAUCAUCAUCAACCUACCAGUUACAGGACUCUCUCUCUGGCCUGACUAGUCAACCAGGUACAGAUCUACAUUCAGGGGAGUUUGACACAGUGCAGAGCCCUUCCACGCCAAUCAAAGAUCUUGAUGAGAGAACAUGUAGGAGUUCUGGGUCAAAGUCUCGGGGUAGAGGGCGGAAGAAUAAUCCAUCACCCCCUCCGGACAGUGACUUGGAGCGUGUGUUUGUUUGGGAUUUGGAUGAAACAAUCAUAGUUUUUCAUUCGUUGCUAACAGGAUCCUAUGCACAGAAGUAUGGCAAGGAUCCGCCAAUGGCAGUAACUCUUGGACUGCGAAUGGAAGAAAUGAUUUUUAAUCUUGCUGACACACAUUUAUUUUUUAAUGAUUUAGAGGAGUGUGAUCAAGUUCAUAUAGAUGAUGUUUCUUCUGAUGAUAACGGACAAGACCUAAGUACCUACAGUUUUGCAACUGAUGGCUUCCAUGCAGCUGCAAGUAGUGCAAACCUUUGUCUGCCAACAGGUGUAAGAGGAGGGGUUGACUGGAUGAGGAAGCUGGCUUUCCGUUACAGAAGAGUAAAAGAGUUGUAUAAUACUUACAAGAACAACAUAGGAGGACUCCUGGGGCCCGCUAAAAGAGAUGCAUGGUUGCAAUUAAGAGCAGAGAUUGAAGCUCUGACAGACUCCUGGCUAACAAAUGCACUUAAAUCACUAUCAAUUAUCAGCACAAGGAGUAACUGUGUAAACGUGUUGGUAACAACAACUCAGCUUAUCCCAGCCCUUGCAAAAGUUCUACUAUACAGUUUAGGAGGAGCUUUUCCUAUUGAAAAUAUUUACAGUGCAACCAAAAUAGGGAAAGAAAGUUGCUUUGAACGAAUAAUGCAAAGGUUUGGCAGAAAAGUAGUAUAUGUUGUAAUUGGGGAUGGUGUAGAAGAAGAACAGGCAGCAAAAAAGGUAACCUGUCUUCUGAAAUGUUGGUGUGAUACCUAGCUACUAAUGCAAGCCUUUCUGUUUGCAUUUCUGUCAGUGUUGCACAAUUGCAGAAUGACAAAUAAUUUCGGUCCACAGAUGCAAGGCAACAAGAGCAUGAUGAGAUCAAAACUUAGAGUAAAAUGAACCAUUUGGAUUCUAGCAUUUGCUUCACUUCAGUUUGGAACGAAAAAAAAUGCAAAAUUAUUGUAAAAAUGAAUGAAAAAUGAUUGCAGCUAAAAUGUCUGAUGCUUCAGGCAAAUAAACAGAAGAGAUAGAAAGGGCUAUUUUAUUAUAGUUGGGUGGUGUUUUUCUUUAAAUGGUGAAAUCAUAGAGGUUUCAAGAGAGGCGUUAUGGAGAAUGUGGAAAAACAUCUGAAGGACUGUGCAAUUUUUUUGCUAACAUAGAUGAAGAUCUGUAGUUUUCUGGACCAAAUAUGAUGAACAUAUAAUUUGCUUCAAGAAAGACAUAUCUGCAAAAGAAAAAAGAACACGACAUAGAGAUUGUGCACCAAACCUGUGUUGCUAAAAAAAGAACAGUUUCCUUAGAAAUAUUCAGUUUUUUCAUGAUAAUGAUACAAGUCAAAAUUUCACCAAAUAAGUUUUAAAUGUUCAGAAACAGAGCAGAUUAGUAAUUUGCACCAUGCUUCCCAGUUUAACCCUGGAAGUGUGUAGAAACUGAAAAAUUUUGCCUCACAAUGUCUGUGCAGGACAAGUGAUAUAAGUAUUGUUGUGCUAGGAGUAGCAAAAUAAAGUUCCCUUUUAGUGUUGUAGCUGGAAUGGGAACAAAAUGAAAAUAAACCAAAAUGCUCAUUCCAAAUGGUUCCUUAUUACAGGUGCAGUAUUGGUGAUGGGUCUUUUAUAGUUUGUGCUAAACAAAGGUGGUUGGAUUGUGUACUUUCCCGUUUAGCAUGCUUUUUUCUUAAUAUUGGCUAUAUUGCAUGGAUAGAUACAGAAUUCAAAGAGAUGGGUGAAUAUAACACACUACAAAUAGAUCUGAACACAACAUGAAAUAAUGGGGUUUUUUCCUAUUCUGAUGAUAUGCUGAAGGAGAGUAGUGCAUAUAUCUGCAUCUCUCACAGACACUUUCUGAUGCUUUCUGUGACACAAAUUAUCUUUUUCUAACCAGAAAUGUUUCUUUUUCUAACCCAGAAAUGUCUUAUCCAAAGAGAUUUCUUUCCCCGCCUCCCGGAUAGAAUAAAAAGUAAUCCAGCUCUGUUUCAAAGGGUUGCGUGUGAAGCUCUUUUAAUGAAAGUCUCAUAGACCUUUAAAUGAUGGUUUGCUAUUUUGCAAAGUCUAAUAAAUGGAGCAGAAAGGGCUUUCCUAUUAAUGCUCCUUGGUAUGGGUUUGCAUGCUAACAAUAAGCAAAUAGUCCUUAGUAAGCAACAGGCUCUUUCCAACGAAACUAUUAAGGAAGACUAUCUAAUUAUUUUAACUUCAGUUGAACUAAUAAGCUCAGAUCUAUUUUGGUCUGAUUUUUGUCAGUACUUUACUAGCAAAAAUCAAUCCAGAAACACAGUGGUGUAAAAUACGUGGUGGUAAUCUGACUAGCCUUUUGUGUCACAUACCACCCUGUGUCACAGUGUUCAUCUUUCCUGACCUUUUCCCCCCUCUAACAAACACAGCACAACAUGCCUUUCUGGAGGAUAUCCAGUCAUUCGGACCUCUUGGCUCUCCAUCAAGCACUGGAACUAGAGUAUUUGUAACUGUGUUCUAAAGUUGGCGAUCCUUUUUUUUUAUAUAUAUAUAUAUUUCAAGUACACUGAAUUUUUAUGUGUGAUUCAAUGCCUCUGGCUUUACACAUAUGAAUUGUCUUAAGAAGGGAAGAAAUAUUUGGAAUUAAAAAUUCCAAAUUGAAGAAUUCAGAUUGCUGAAUGGAGUUAAAACAUUAGUGCUACGUAAGGAAGCUCUAUGGUCUUAUAUAUGCAACGUUUUUAAAUGAAUUGAAACUGUGGAGGUUGCUGGUACACACCAAGUGAGCCCUGACAGGAGUGAACAAAGGACUCGAACUGACAAAGCACCAACACCCAUUUUCCAGCCAACAAGGUGGUGUUCAACAACAUUCCUCAAAAUGGGAUAUAUUCUCAGCACUGAGGUUUGAACCAGACUUUAGCCUACCUAACCCAGAAAAUCUGAAUUGGAAUGCACUCAGACUGUAUAAUGACAAUCCUGUCUAGACCUGUAAUUUGUGUAAAUUAUUGAUGAAAAUAAUUUACUGUGACUUUAUUAGCAGCUGAUUUUGGAAGUGGAUGCAAUUUUUCUUUC